UGGGAGUGGUGACGUUCCGAGCCGGAAGGGUGUCGUGGAACCUGUGGCAAUCGAUCCGGUAGUUAAUCGCUGAGUAGGUUUUUGUUGGCGGUGUAUGACCGGCAAGAUGAUGGUCCGGUUUCUCCUGUUGGUGGCCAUCCUGGGCGUUGGGCAUGCGGUGCCUAUAGAGCGGGCCACUCCAAAGAAAGAAGCCGAGCCUCCUCCGGAGCCAGCAGACACCGGGCUCUACUAUGACCGUUACCUGCGGGAGGUAAUCGAUGUCCUGGAGACGGAUGGCCACUUCCGGGAAAAGCUUCAGGCCGCUAAUGCUGAUGACAUCAAGAGCGGUAAACUAAGCAAGGAGCUUGAUUUCGUCAGCCACCAUGUGAGGACCAAGCUCGAUGAGCUGAAGAGGCAGGAGGUGUCCAGACUCCGAAUGCUACUCAAGGCAAAGAUGGACGCCACAAUGGAAGAGAAUGUCCAGAUUGACCACAUGAGUCUCCUGAAGCAGUUUGAGCACCUGGAUCCCCAGAAUCAACAUACAUUUGAGGCCCGGGACCUGGAGCUUCUCAUUCAGGCAGCCACCAAGGACCUGGAGAACUAUGAUGCUGCUCGCCACGAGGAGUUCAAACGCUACGAAAUGCUGAAGGAACAUGAGCGACGGGAGUAUCUCAAGUCCCUGGAUGAGGAGAAGAGGAAAAUGGAGGAAGCCCACUAUGAGGAGAUGAAAAAGAAGCACAAGGAGCAUCCCAAGAUCAACGUUCCAGGGAGCAUGGAUCAGCUAAAGGAGGUUUGGGAAGAAACCGAUGGCUUGGAUCCUAAUGACUUCAACCCAAAAACAUUCUUCAAGUUACACGACACCAAUGGAGAUGGAGUUCUGGAUGAUCAGGAGCUGGAGGCCCUCUUCACUAAGGAGCUGGAGAAGGUCUAUGACCCCAAGAAUGAAGAAGACGAUAUGGUGGAGAUGGAAGAGGAAAGACUGCGCAUGAGAGAACAUGUCAUGAAAAACGUUGAUGUCAACCACGAUCGCUUGGUCACACUAGAGGAGUUCCUGAAAUCCACGGAAAGGAAAGAUUUUAACGAGCCCGGAGGCUGGGAGACCGUGGACGAGACCCAGAUUUACACCGAGGAAGAGCUGCGUAAGUUUGAGCAGGAGCUGGCUGCCCAGGAGGCCGCUCUCAACCAGCGAGCCGAAGAGCUCCGUCGAGAACACGAAGACCUGCAGCAAAGACAUAUAGAACUGGAUGCUCAGAAGAGGGAAUACCACCAGGCCGUCUUGCAAAUGGAACAGAAAAAGUCCCAGCAGGGAGCCGCUGUGGGUCCCGACGGCGAGCUCAAAUUUCAGGCAGAGGCCCCCCAUCCAGCAGAUGACAAAGCUAAGCCUGAAGAACCAAAGCAAGGUUCUGAAAGUCAUCCUGGACCACCUGGAGAAACCCAGGAGCACCAUCCUGCCCAGAAAGAGCCAGAAGCCCCUCAGAUCAACCAAGUACAACAUGACCAGCCGCCUCACUCGGACCAAUAAGUGAGAAAGAGAAAGUCUUCGAGUGUCUGUGUUAAGUGAGCUUUCCUCCGCGGCCAUCUCCCCUCUCCCGCGUUUCCGAGACAAGGGAUGUGCAAUCAGCCUCUGGGUAAAUCUCUCACAUUGGGAAAUCGGGGAAUUUUGUUUUCAAAAAACAAACUUUAAAAAAAAAAAAAUGAGAUUAAACAAAGAUGAUGGAAAGCGGGUAGAGUUUAAUUAAUCAUGACGGCGUCAUACGAAAAGCUUAUACCAGCUUCUACCCAAUCAGCAUUGCUCCAGUAUGUUUGUAUUAUAAACCCGUGCCAGCGGCACCCGGCAGUAAAUCGAAAUCCUUUCCGAGGGUUACUUUCUGUGUAUUUUAGAGAUUAUCCAAGGUUACCUAAAGACGGCUCUGUACCCAAAACUCGUGGUUUCAAAAAUAGCCGUACAUAUCAGUGACCUAACUUCUAAAUGGCUGCAUUGAAACAGAUCUAAAAUGUAGGCGAUCCAGUUAUUUGAAGAAUCAUUUUCGCAGCGAUCUGCCUUAUGCGCGGCUUUUUAAGACCCUGCGUUUAGCCGGAGUAGCAGCCGUCGUGCAGCAGAAAAAAAUAAAGCGUCGGAACCGGAGCUCGAUCAACGAAACGCAAAAAUGUCUUGGAACCGGCGCACGAUAUGUGAUAAAAGUGGGGGGAAAAUCUAAUUAUAAACGGACUGGCACAGAAGGUGGCAUUCGUGCGCCAGUCCUUUAAAUCGUUGUUACUUAGAUUUAUAUUUUCGCUUUUCUCACAUAUUGCGCGCCGUUUAGAAGACAUUGACGCGUUUCGUUUUAUUGUGCUCCGGUUCCAACUUAAAAUUUUUUUUUUCCUGCUUUACCUGCGUCUGGGUAACACCGGUGAUGGGUUCCAAGCCGCGCUGUAUUUUUAUCGCUCCCGCAUUUAUUUCUCUUCCUAGAAGCCGUCAUGCCCCGAGCUUCUGUUUUGUUCAAGCAAAAUGACUUCGUUUUUAUUCCAAGCAUCCCAUUAAAGAUGAAUUUUAAAAACUA